AGCAGAGACUCAUUCGCUUCCCAAGGGCUGGGUAAGGAGAGAUAGGUAAGAGUAUGGGAAAAGAGUGUAUGGGGACGCGCCCUACUUGGCCGGGCUGCCUGCCGCACCCGUGACAUCUUUCGCGCUCUCUUUGGGCAGCGGGGCAUUUGGGCUGUCCCAGUACCAGAGAAACUCCUGGACACGAUUGGCUGUGGGGGAGUGCUCAUUUAUCCCUCCUAUCAACCAGAUACCCGGGGGACCCAACCUUCUUACUUCAGUCUCCACCCUCCAGAUUAGCUUGCUGUAGAGUCAGUCCAUGAUCUGGAGCUGCGCGCCACCUGCUCUGGAAGCAGGGCGAGGGGCGCAAUGGAACAGCCCAGCCGUCAGUGCUCUCCGCCAGCCUCCGGUUCCCUGACCUCCUCGCAGACUAAUCAUUCUACCUUCCCGAAUCCCAACUGCAGCUCUCCGGAUCUGGAGCCAUACCAGGACUCGAUUGCACUCCCUUGGAAGGUGCUUCUGGCCACGUUCCUUGCACUCAUCACCUUGGCCACCACGCUCUCCAAUGCCUUUGUAAUCGCCACUGUCUCUCGGACUAGGAAGCUGCACACACCUGCCAACUACCUGAUCGCCUCCCUGGCAGUGACUGACUUGCUUGUGUCUAUCCUGGUGAUGCCCAUUAGCACUAUGUACACGGUCACCGGCAGGUGGACUCUGGGCCAGGUUGUUUGUGAUUUCUGGCUGUCCUCGGACAUUACCUGUUGCACAGCUUCCAUACUGCAUCUCUGUGUUAUUGCCCUGGACCGCUACUGGGCCAUUACAGACGCGGUCGAGUAUUCGGCUAAAAGGACUCCCAAGCGAGCAGCUGGAAUGAUUGUUAUGGUAUGGGUCUUCUCUGUAUCCAUUUCCAUGCCCCCACUUUUCUGGCGCCAGGCCAAGGCCGAGGAGGUGGCAGACUGCUCAGUGAACACAGACCACAUUCUCUAUACAGUCUACUCUACUGUGGGCGCCUUCUACUUCCCCACCCUGCUGCUUAUUGCCCUUUAUGGCCGCAUCUACGUGGAAGCUCGUUCUCGGAUUUUGAAACAGACGCCCAACAGGACGGGCAAACGUCUAACUCGGGCUCAGCUGAUCACCGACUCCCCGGGAUCCUCUUCCUCGGGCACCUCCAUUAACUCUAGAGCCCCCGAGGGACCCAGUGAAUCCGGGUCCCCAGUGUAUGUGAACCAAGUAAAGGUGAAAGUGUCUGACGCUCUCCUGGAAAAGAAGAAGCUCAUGGCCGCUAGGGAGCGAAAAGCCACCAGAACGCUUGGGAUAAUUUUAGGAGCCUUCAUCGUCUGCUGGCUGCCUUUCUUUAUCAUCUCCCUGGCAUUACCUAUCUGUGAUGACGCCUGCUGGUUCCACCUGGCCAUCUUUGACUUCUUUAAUUGGCUAGGAUAUCUCAACUCCCUCAUUAACCCCAUCAUCUAUACCAAGUCCAACGAUGACUUCAAACAAGCUUUUCAAAAACUGAUACGGUUCAGGCGCACGAGCUGAAUCUUGAAGUAGCAGAGCGUUCACUAAGGCGCCUCUGGAGAACGUGCUUGUCUAGUGUCUGAUUCCACAGGUAAGGUGGACUCUUCUUAUGCUGGUGAUGUCUCAGAGAGAGGCUCUCCUGGGCCAGAGAAAGCGGUGCUGAGAAACCAGUAGAGUCCAGAGGGGGCUCUGGAAGGAGAACCGUACUUAGAAAGGGUAGAGCGAGAAGAAUCUAUCUGCUCCCCACACCCCCAGCUCCC